GGGCCAGGCUCACUGUGGUGGGAUAUUCAUGUUCCCCAGAGGUGUUGGGCAACACGUCCUGAAGACCCAGCGUCGAGGGGUGCCUGCAAGGCCUGCCGGGGUCCAUGGGACCCUGCCCCCCUCCAUCCUCCCUCUCCCACUGGAGAGCAGUGGGCUUUUUCCCUCACUGUCCCCUCCUCGCUGGAGCAGGGAACGGCUGAGCCUGCGGGAAAGCUGGGCAGAGAGGAGUUAACUCCAAACCCAACCUCAGGGAGAGGGGAAAAAAAAAAAACAACAAAACAACCAGAGAUCAAUGGAUCAGCAGCAAGAGCAGAGGGAGGGAAAAGGGGGAGACAGAGAGAGAGGAGAGGAGCUCCAGAAGGAGUCAGACGUGUGUAGGAGCCAGGAGAGGAGAGAGCAGAGCUGGCAGCGGGCAGGGGCAGGGGUGACGGCGCUGGCCGGACAAACUCUUCGGUGGCCCGUGUCCUCCUUGCCACCACUGCCUGGGCUGGACUGGAGGUCUCCCCGGAGUAAGAGGUGAAGCUGCAAGCCCUUCCUCGCAGAGGUCCCUGCGGUCAGAUGGAGAGAUGCCAGGGGGAUGGAACGCCUCUUCCGACAGCCCAGAGCUACGAGUAGCAGGCAUUAUUGUGCCCGUCAUCUUCUCCCUCAUCUUCCUCCUGGGUACUGUGGGGAAUGGGCUGGUGCUGGCCGUGCUGCUGCGGAAUGGCCAAGUCAAGUACAACACCACCAACCUCUUCAUCCUUAACCUGGCCAUAGCCGACCUGUGCUUCAUCGUCUGCUGCGUCCCCUUCCAGGCCACCAUUUACACCCUGGAUGGAUGGCUCUUUGGGGCCUUUGCCUGCAAGGCUGUGCAUUUCCUGAUCUACCUCACCAUGUAUGCCAGCAGCUUCACCCUGGCUGCUGUCUCUGUUGACAGGUACCUGGCCAUUCGCUAUCCACUGAAGUCCCGGGAUCUCCGCACCUCCCAAAACGCAGGAGUGGCCAUUGUAGCAAUCUGGUCACUGUCGCUGCUCUUUGCGGGGCCUUACCUCAGUUACUACCAGAUUGUCCACUACCACGGGGUGCCCAUCUGCGUCCCCAUCUGGGAGGACCAGCGCCGAAAGAUUCUAGACAUCCUCACGUUUGUCUUCGGAUACGUCCUGCCCGUGUUCGUGGUGAGCAUGGCAUACGCCAGGACCAUCAAGUUCCUGUGGACCUCUGUAGACCCCAUAGAAAGGAUCUCGGAGUCCCGGAAGGCCAAGCGUAAGGUCACCAAGAUGGUUGUGGCUGUGGCCAUCCUGUUCUGCCUCUGCUGGUUGCCCCACCACCUGGUCAUCCUGUGCUUCUGGUUUGGCCACUUCCCCUUCAACCGAGCCACUUACGCUUGCCGCCUGGCUUCCCACUGUCUUUCGUACGCCAACUCCUGCCUCAACCCCAUCGUCUAUGCCCUCAUCUCCAAGCAUUUCCGCAAGCGUUUCAAGCAGGUCUUCACCUGCCUCUUCUUCCAGAACAAGACCAGGAAGAAGAAGAGAGUUGGAAAGAAAGUCCACGUGGUCAACGUGGGCAAAGCUUUCACCAACAGCACCAGAGGUUUCUAUGGAGGCAACACAGAGGUGACCCAGGUCCCAGAGGAGAACAUAAGGAAGAGGGACCCUGAAGGUGCCAGUCAUGCCAGAGCAUGGACUCACCAGCUACAAGACACCAUGGUCUCUGUUCAGAAGGAGCUGCUGGAGGAAGAAAGUUUGGCAACAUGUGGCCGUCCCCUAGCCACGACCUCUCCAAGAGGAACUCGGGAGUUUCUGACUGUUCUCUACAGAUGAACAAAGUGAAGAAACCUGUUUUCCAGCCAGUGAGUAGCCACUCCAUUCCCAAACAGGCAGAAUAAUGUGGGGCAGAGGGGAAUGGAUGCAGCAGAGCCACCAAAAGAUCCUGUGGCAAUGGUUAACCCAUUGUCCCCACUCACCUUCACUCACUGGCCCACAGCAUUCAUAUAGGAAUGGCACAAUCCACCCGUACAGCUGCAGAAUGGAGGGACACCUUAACGUGCUGCCAAGUGACCUGGGAGGCAUUCCUGCAACAGGUUUUAAGGCUUCCGUUUCCCAGCUGCCUAACUUGCUAAUUUUGUGCAGCACCGUGAAACUCUAAGAGGGAGGCAACCAAAAUGAAAACAUCCUGGUAGGAAAUCCAGGCUGUUAAGGGUGCACCAGAGCGUAGGUGGGAAGGGUGGAGAGAGUGCACAGGGACCUGAGUGUGAAUAGGGUGGCUGGCAGCCUCUCUCCCUGGCAGCCCCAAGCGGUGAAACACUGUCCCCUGCCCACAUGCCCUUCUUUUCCCAUGGGCCAGCCCUUGUCCACCUCCAUCCCCUUCCCUAGCCCCUGCAUCCAGAUCAAAGGACCUUUGCCACACUGGCUACGAGGAAGUCAGCCAUCUGUGCCGACAGCUCAAUGAUGCAAACUCCAUAGCAGUCACUAGUCGUACUUAAAUGAUUUAUGCCACAGCAGGUGAAAAAUGGAAAGGCUUGUAUGGCAACAUCUCUGCGUGCCUCCCCUCUACCCCUCUGGCUUCUCUGAAGUUCAAGAAGGAAAGGACCUUCUGUCCAGUCUCUUCUCUCCACCCUGCCCCACGAGAAGUACUCGCUGGAGGAUGUUUCCUAGAGCUCUGUCCCACCUGGCUUUAGCUCUUGCGAGCAGAUUCUGCAGGACACUGUCCCAAUUCAUAGUACUGCUUGCAGUUCAGAAGUAUUUCCUGACAGCCAUCCUCAGUUCUUCCUAAACAAACCCGAUAACUCCUCCUUCCACCACAUUGUUCCACCCCUCUGCUUACUGUUUGCCUUUUGCAAAUUCCUGAGGGAUUGCUGCCUCCUCUUUGAUCUUUGCUUGCUACUCGGAGCUUCAUCCCUUCCUUCUGGGGCUGAAGGACCUGUUGCUCUCUCAGCAGACAUUAUUCAGUGAUAUUAGCCCCGUGUGUGUGGUUUACUGACUUGGCCAGACAGUUUUUUUUCCACGUGAUGAUGACGAUGAUUGUGAGUGAAUUGAUGGCUGUCACCAAAGCAGAAGAAAGUAGCCAAGCUGCAAAAUGAGCUGUGGAGCCAAGUGAUGGUUGUGGUGAGGCAAAGGAGAAGGAAACAGGCCCAUCACACCCAUGUGCACUUAGUUCCUGUCUCCUCAGUGCCCCUUUCUACCUGAUGGAGAAGGCUUCCAGGAGAGAGACCAACACCACUCAGUGGGUUGGGACAUCUUCCAAGACGGCAACUGUUGGGGGAUUACUGUGGGACCCAUGUCCACCUGGGAGCAAAACUUCCCCCUGCUCUGUCCCUGCUGCCCCGAGCAGCCGCGGAGGAGCCUUUGGCUGUGGUAGCAGCUCAAUGACACCCCGCAGUAGGGCCAAGAGUCCUCCCAGCCUGGCAGUGGGAAGGAUGGAAAGUGCUGCGGCGAUCCAGGGUGGGGCAAGAAAUCACAUUCACCAGAAGGUGCUGGAAUUUCUCCCCUGCUUGACCUUAAUAAACCCUCGUAAUUUCCUUAUCCUGCCAUGUUUGCU